AUGGCUUCCCGCCGUUUGGCAUUCAACCUGAACCAGGCUCUUAAGAGCCGUGCGGCUCUCAAGUCCAUCCAGCCCGUGAAGCGCGGUUUCGCCUCGCCGGUUGCUCUGCCUUCCACCACUCAGUCCACCACCCUCUCCAAUGGCUUCACCAUCGCCACCGACCACUCCCCGUGGGCUCAGACUUCCACCGUCGGCGUGUGGAUUGAUUCCGGUAGCCGGUCAGAGACUGACAAGACCAACGGAACCGCCCACUUCCUUGAGCACCUUGCCUUCAAGGGUACCAACAAGCGCUCCCAGCACCAGCUGGAGCUUGAGAUCGAGAACAUGGGUGCUCACCUGAACGCCUACACCUCGAACACCGUCUACUACGCCAAGUCUUUCAACGCCGAUGUUCCCAAGGCCGUCGACAUCCUCUCCGAUAUCCUCCAGAACUCCAAGCUUGAGUCUUCCGCCAUUGAGCGUGAGCGCGACGUCAUCCUGCGCGAGCAGGAGGAGGUUGACAAGCAGCUCGAGGAGGUCGUCUUCGACCACCUUCACGCCACCGCUUACCAGGGCCAGCCCCUCGGUCGCACCAUCCUCGGCCCCAAGGAGAACAUCCAGACCAUCACCCGGGAGAACUUGACCGACUACAUCCAGACCAACUACACCGCUGACCGUAUGCACUUCGGUGGUCUCCCCAGCAAGCCCCCUACCUCCGCCGCCGCCGCUCUCACCGCUGAGAUGAAGCGCACCCCCGAGUUCAUUGGCUCUGAGGUCCGUCUCCGUGACGACACCAUUCCCUCCGCCCACAUCGCUCUCGCUGUUGAGGGUGUCAGCUGGAAGGACGACGACUACUUCACUGCUCUGGUCGCCCAGGCCAUCAUCGGUAACUGGGACCGCGCCAUGGGCCAGUCUCCCUUCCUCGGAAGCAAGCUCAGCUCUCAAGUCAGCCACCACCACCUUGCUAACAGCUUCAUGAGCUUCUCCACCAGCUACAGCGACACUGGUCUCUGGGGUAUCUACCUCGUUUCCGAGAACCUGACCAACCUCGAUGACCUGAUCCACUUCACCCUCCGCGAGUGGUCUCGUCUGUGCAACAACGUCACCUCCGCCGAGGUUGAGCGUGCCAAGGCCCAGCUGAAGGCCUCCAUCCUCCUGUCCCUGGACGGCACCACCGCCGUUGCCGAGGACAUUGGUCGCCAGAUCAUCACCACUGGCCGCCGCCUCAGCGCCGAAGAUAUCGAGCGCAUCGUUGGCCAGAUUACCGAGAAGGAUAUUAUGGACUUUGCCACCCGCAAGCUAUGGGACCAGGACGUUGCUAUGAGUGCCGUCGGCAGCAUCGAGGGUAUCCUUGACUACCAGCGUAUCCGUAACGACAUGUCUCGCAACUUGUCCUAA